CUCAGGAAGAGAAGCUAACUGGCUAUGUAAAUAUUGAGCACAGGAUGCUAGCUGUGCUGGUCUUCACAACGACAAAAAGGGCAGCUACUCCCAAAUAAUCUGGAGCAAAGAUGAAACCAGUCACUGUGUUGGAGAUAUUAAGUUACAGACAUCGGACUGAUAGCCUGUAGCCAUGGACGCAACCAAAAACAAUGACACCAACAAUUUCCUCGACAUUGAACAUUUGGAUUCGAUUCUCAGCAAGCACAACUCAAACUUCAUCUGGCUUCUAGUUGCCACCAUUCUGUCCUGUGGAUGGAUCAUUUAUCUAACUUAUUACAAUUCACGCAACAUUGGCUUCAUUCUCACCCGCAUCGUCAACAGACUUUACAAGGAUGGCUACAUUCAAAUCGGCUCCUUCUCCUUCUCUGUGCUGUCAGGGAAAGUCAUGUUCAGAGAGGUUUACUUCAUCAACCAGGACAUGUCUAUCAGGAUACAGGAUGGCUUUCUCAUCUUUCGCUGGUGGAAAAUGUAUAACCCAAAACAAAAACAACAUGAUCCAAAGGCAGAGACCAGGCUUUACGUGACGGUCAACGGCUUUGAGUUUCACGUCUACAACCGGACCGACCUUUACGCACGGCUGCAGGAGAUGUUCGGACUGGAAGCCACACUUUUAACGCCCAAGAAAGACGAUGAGAGGGGACAAGAAGACAGAAAUGAGACACUGGAAAAUGUGAACAUCCAAGCAGAGAGUCCAGACCCUACGUCAUCUUGGCGCUCCUUGAUUCCCGUCAUCAAAGUCAACAUCAGCACUGGACGUUUGGCGUUUGGAAACCACCACCUCCCUCAGACGUUGUGCGUGAACUUUGAAGAUGCCUUCCUGACGUACGCGACCAAGCCCCCCUCCUGCCACCUGGACCAGUUCAUGCACAUCGUCAAAGGCUCCCUGGAGAACGUGCGUGUCAUGCUGGUGCCGAGUCCCCGCUACCUGGGCUUGCAGAACGACGAACCACCCAGACUGAUGGGUGAAGGCUUCGUAGUGAUGCAGUCAAACGAUGUGGACAUCUACUAUUACCAAGAUGAACCCGGUCUUGUCCCUGCGGAGCAGGAGAGCACAGCGGAGGUAGAGACGAGCAGCGAGGGCGAUCAGCUGCAAGACCUUCCACCGUGUUGGGGUCUCGACAUUGUUUGUGGAAAAGGAACCGACUUCAACUAUGGGCCGUGGGCAGAUCGCCAGAGGGAUUGUCUUUGGAAGUUCUUUAUUCCUGCCGACUAUCAGCCCAUGAAGGUGACGGAGGUUGCCCAGCCAGGGAAACCCAGACAGAUUCAAGCCUUCGAACUCCGCAUGAACAUCAUUGCUGACGCCACCAUCGACCUGCUUUUCACCAAAAACAGGGAAACCAAUGCCAUCCAUGUGAACGUGGGAGCAGGCUCUUACCUGGAAGUCAACAUCCCCAUGACUGUKGGAGAAGAUGGUUACUCUCCCACCAUUAAAGGUCAGCUGCUUCACGUGGACACCACCAGCAGCAUGCAGUACAGGACUCUUCUGGAGGCUGAGAUGUUAGCUUUCCACGUYAUAGCCAGCUACCCCCGGGUGUGGAACAUGCCCCAGUCGUGGCAGUGUGAGAUCGAGGUGUACAAGGCCACGUACCAUUUCAUCUACGCUCAGAAAAACUUCUUCACUGAUUUAAUAAAGGACUGGGCAAGUGACAGCGCCCCUGAUAUCUACUCCUUUGUGCCGUAUUCCUGGAAGUUUAAGAUCUUAUUCCACCAGUUUGAGAUGAUCUGGGCAGCAAAUCAGCACAACUGGAUCGAUUGCUCCACGAAGCAGCAGGAGAACGUGUACCUGGCAGCCUGCGGCGAGACGCUCAAUAUAGACUUCACUCUGCCUUUCAACGAGUUCGUUCCCACCAUUUGCCAUACCCGCUUCAGCUUGAAGGCGGAAGACACAGACAUGCGUCUGUCCCUGCCGGAGUGCCACCCGAGCCGCUACCCCCUCCUCACCCUGGCCAAAGACUACCAGAACAUCAAACUGCCCCCGGACAUGUUCAUGUCGGGGGAGACUCAAGGAGCUCCRCCUCCAAAACCCACCAAGUCUCGCUGGAGGAACAUCACCCACGCAGAAGCUGGCUGGGUGGAUUGCUGGAGCGUGCCAAACUUCCUGCUCAUCAUCGACUACACCUGGCACCCCAUUUAUCCCCAGAAGGCAGACGAGCAGCUCAAACAGUCAUUUUCUGAGAUGGAGGAGUCCAUGCUGUCGGCUUUGAGGCCCCCAGAGCACCCCUCUGUACCCGCCAGUGCCCCACCCCACUACACCUCCACAUCUGCUUCAGCCGCCCACAGUCGGGUUCCCGCCGACCCGUCAGAGCUGCCCCCUGACCGACUUCACGUGGAGAUGGAAAUGUCACCCAAUUCUCAAAUUCUUCUCUAUGGGCCCUUGCUUCGAGCCCUGAUCUCCAUCAAGGAAAACUAUUUUGGGGAGGAUGAUAUGUAUACAGACUUUGAAGAGGCCGCGUCCAGCCCCGUGUUGUCUGCGUCUGCCUCCUCUGGCCUCGGCUGGUCUCCUCUGGGGAUGGAGGACAGCGAACAGAAAGAAGCCCCAGACGUCCAUCCGCUUGACCUGCGACCCUGGGACAUCACCGUGUUCAUCAACCUUUACAAAGUCCAUGGGCGACUGCCAGUGCACUGCAGCAGUGAAGGUCCAGAAGGUCCAUCAGGCUUUUUGGAGCGACUUUGUUUUGAAAUGAAGAAAGGUUACAAGGAGACAAUGCUCCAGAUGAUUCUGUCCCCCAUCCACAUCUUUGUCAGUGACAACUACCAGCGUCCCACAGCGGAUGGAGUGUUGAGAGAUGGGCACCUGAGCCUGUCUGGGCUGCAGAUGAGGGCUCAUGCUAUGUUCUCGGCUCAGGGCCUUCCCCUGGGAAGUGACACGCUGGAGUAUGCGUGGCUCAUCGACAUGCAGGCUGGAGCGCUCACCGGCAGGGUCACUGUUCCUCAGGUGGCGAGCAUGAUCGAGUGGGGAGAGACUUUCAUCUUCCACGUUUUGUCUCGAGAUUUCCAGCUGGAGCAACCUAAGCCCUCUGUCAUCUGCCAGCACGGUGUUGAUCGUCGCAUCUGUGACGCCAAGCUGAGCUUCAUGCCCGGGCAUUGUCGCACAUCAGAGGAGCUGAAGUACACCAUGACGAGGCUGGCCAUGGAUGGAGUCGACCUGUUUGUCGUGGAGCACGGUUGUGCUGCCAAUGUCAAGACGGGUAUUAUCCGCGUAGCCAACUGCAACCUGCACAACCAGGCAGUGGGAGAGGGCAUCAGCGCCGUGGUGCAGGACAUGAAUGUGCGACAGUACAUCGAACAGCAGCAGCACAACGAGGCGGCCAGGCUGCAGCUGGCUGGACAGGGUCAAGGUCCGGGUCAGCCGCUGGGUCUGGGUCAACCCCCCUUGUUGCGACGUUCUGUCUGGCUGGAGGCGGGUUCAGUCAAGCUGAACCUCAUCACGGCGGAUAUUGCCCUGGCUGCUGACCACCCAGCCAAAUGUGAAGUCCAGAGGCAGUUUUUGGAACUACACGAUGCUCAGACCAAAAGACUCUGGUUCCUGUGGCCCGACGAGGCCAACGUUCGCAACAAGCGAAGCAGGAAUCGCUGUGGCUGCCUGGGAGGCUGCAGGUUCUUCGGUGGUACCAACAUGGGCCUGGACUACUUCAGGCUGGAGGAGCUGACGCCCUCCUCCUCCUCUGCGUUUUCUUCCACCAGCGUGGAGAUGGACAUGUGCUAUGGCCAGUCCUUGCUGCAGCCUGGGGAGUGGAUCAUUACUAAAGAAACUCCUAAAGUGGAUGGGAGGGCCGUAGGGCACAAAACAGACACACACUCUCCCUCCCUGCCUCCUGAGCUGCCUGAGAGGCGUGGUCAGCAACACCUGAGCCUCCAGGUUCCCCAGCGCUCCCACAGCUCCGCCUCCUCCUCUGAAGAGAACAGCACCUCCAGCGCUGCCUUGCCUCUGCUGGCCGGAGAAAGAGACUCGCCCUCGCCGAGCCACGAGGAGCGCUUGGGCCCUGUGAACGGCAGGAGCCACGCUGACACGUUGGGAGACGUUCCAGAGGUCUCCCCCGUCUCACCCAACAGUUCCCAGGAUCGCACCUCGGUCCGCUCACCCCUCUGCUCUCCCCUCAAGCGCCAGUCGUCCGUGCACUCCUGUCGGCUGGGUAGCACCAAAAGCCUGUCGGCCGCCGUCUUCACCGACAAGCCGCCUCCGGUGCUCUCCGGAGGCGUGCAGUUCAGCAGCGAGGUCUCCCGCAGCGACGAGAACGUCCUGGACUCUCCUCGCCAGCGCAGGAGCUACGGCUCGUUUCCCUUCACGCCGUCGGCAGACUCCAACACCUUCCACCAGUACCGCUCCGCCGACUCCAGCAUGUCGGUGGCCGACAGCGAGGCCUACUACUCCGCCACCGAGGACUUCGAGCCGAUCAGCAGCGCCGACGAGGGUCCGGGGACGUACCCGGGCCGCAAGAAGAAAAGGAGGCAGCAGAUGCAGCAGCCGCAGCAGCCCCCGUAUCACAUGGAGAACUACAGCCGGAGUUCGAUCUACCACAGCGUUGAGGGUCCCCUCACCUACCUGCUCAAUGGGGAACUGAUCACCGAGCCCCGUCCUCUGCCACCUCCCCCGAUCCUGCCUCCACUKCCCCCCCAGCCUCUGGCCACCCACACCUCCCAAGCCUCCUUCGUGUCCGCCUUGGCCAUGGAGGAGGAGAGCUCUGUGGAGGCGGAGAAGACGGCUGAACCGGGCCCAGUGACUCGACAGCCCCACGUCAUGGCGUGCUACCAGAACUAUCUAGCCCACUACCAGGUUUCCAAUUGGUCUGUCAAACAGCCAACCAACAAGAGGACGUCCAAAUCGUCUCUGCACCGCCCUCUUGAUCUGGACACGCCCACAAGUGAAGAGAGCUCCGCYUCUUUUGACCAGCUGUCUGUCCCCAGCUUUAAGGUGAUAAAGCAGGGCCUCUCAGCCAGCUCUCUCUUAGAUCGAGGACUUCAACUGAUGGGGGAGAGCAACGGUACACCUUACACCCCCUUAGAUAAAAGGGCCAUGGAAAACACAGACGAGGACACGACGACAGAUGACUGGAGUCUGGAGCAACCCCUGGCUCAGACCAGGACCACCGCCAUAGUGGAAGUGAAGGGGGCCAUCAAUGUGGUGCUCACGCCGCUCGUAGCCGAAUCUCUAGACAGAUACAUCGAGUCCAUGGUCCACUUUGUCAGUAUUCGACACCCAGCAGCCAUUCUGGAUGACCUGCAUGGUAAAGUCCUCAACGAAGCCUAUCAGAUCAGCAAGUCCACAGUCACCGAGUCGAGCCAAGCAGGCAAGCAGGAGCACAAGCUGUCCAAGACGGAGGGCCCGACCCCUGGCUCGCUUAACGCCUCCCAUGGACAAACAGAGCUGUCCGUCAAACCAGACAAUGUGAAAAUCAAGGGCCUUCAAGCCAACGUCUCUAUCCCAAAGGUGAAUCUUUGCCUCCUGCAGGCUUCUGUAGAAGAAGGGUCACCGUCUUGCUCCAGUAAGUGCAUCCCACAUGUGUCUCUGGUUGCCCUGUGCUUCGACAGGAUAGCGACUCAGUUCAGGAUGAACAGGGGUAUCGUAGAGGAGACUCCAAACACCACCGAACACGGCCGACCCUCUGUUAUGUUAGAGAAGUACGCAUCAGCUACCAAAAUGCAGCCUCAGUCUUCGGGCUCGUUGCGCUCCAACGCAGGAAUUGAGAAAGGCAAAGAGAUAGCUGCGAGGCUCAAUGUCCACCGGAUCCACAGCCAGCUUCGAGGCCUGGACUGGAUAGACACCGGCACGUUUGCCAUCACAGCCAUUCCUUUUGAGAAGUCCAAAGUGCUGUUUGGUCUGGAGGAGAUGGAGGAGUUUUCAUUGGUGGAUGAAACGGACGCUCAGGCAGCAGGAACAGAUUUGAGCCGCUCUGCCACAACUCUUGAGAAGUGGGGCUGGAUCAUGUUCGAAUGCGGCAUCGAGAACCUUACGGUUAAAGGUGGUCGCCAGUCUGGAGCCAUUCUUUACAACGCGUUCGGUGUGAUGGGCUGCUCAGAUACUGGAGGGAAAACAGGAGUGUCCAAAACCAACGGUUCGACAGGUUCUCAAACAGGAAGCGGUUACAGCACCGACAUGUCUGAUGACAACCUGCCGCCUGACGCCAYGAGUCCCAACUCUGACGCCAACGAGCACACGGACUCAGACGACCAGGAUGAAGGUGUUGAGUCAGACGACCUGAAAAAGGACCUCCCYCUCAUGCCUCCACCACCUGAUUCCAGCAGCAUGAAGCUGACCAUCAGAGAGAUCUGGUUCAGCUUUGCUGCUCCCACGAACGUUCGCUCAGCUUCACAGACCAUAUCCAGCCAGUUGAAUCUGCUCAGCACAGCAACGCCUGCCAUCGGAGCCUGGCUGGUUCCCAUCGACCAGCUCAAGUCUUCUCUCCGUAAGCUGGACAUGGAGGGCACGCUGCGGGUGUGUGCUGUGAUGGGCUGCAUCAUGACGGAGGCUCUGGAGAAAAAGAGCAUCCACAUCCCGAUCCGCAGCAAGUACAACCGUGUGACUAAGCGAGCCCGCUACCUGCACGAGAAUCCCUCCUGCAUGCUUUGCAACAUCCUGCACCGCUACCUGCAGCAAGCCGACUAUUCAGUCAUAGAGGAGGCCACCAUGAAUGAUGGGGUCCCAGCCCUGGUGACUCUGAAGAAGGGUCUGGUGGCCUUGGCCAGACAGUGGAUGAAAUUCAUCGUUGUAACUCAAGGCUUCAAGGCUAUUGGUCUGAUGGGGCCCAACCAGCUUACCAAGGCCAAAGAGCCUCAGCCAAACCUGGGAGAUCGGAUGGGUCUGGACAAUGGAGCUGCUCUGCAGAGYGACACCAGCGCUGAUGGAGCAGAGUUUGAAUACGAUGCAGCCACAGUGAGUGAACACACCAUGCUGCUGGAGGGAACAGGCAGUCGCCCCCUCCCUAAAGAAGCAAACACUGGUCCUGUCAGCGGAGUGGAGAUCAUGAGGAAGCUUUCAAAGUCCCACACACACAGCGAGUCUGCUCUCAGAAUAAAGGGCUCGCAUCCCUACCAGUCGCUGAGCUACACCAGCGGUGACACUGCAGCCGAUUCACCCGCCCACGUGAGCCGCGGAGGCGUGCCGGCCAAGGACAGCCCAAGGAAGGAGAGUCUCCUGAGCAAUCUGACGGGCAGCUUUCGGAGCCUUCACAACCUGCUGGAGGGCACGCCUCAGAGGAACGAGCCGUCUGCAGCCACAGCCGCCAAGAGCAGCUCCCUCACUCGCACAGGGACAGAAGUGCUGACCGAGCACCCGCUGCUGUCUGAGCCGUCCUCCGUCAGUUUUUACAACUGGAUGUCCAACGCUGUGGGUAAUCGAGGCGGAGCUGCAGCCCAGGAGUCUCCUGUCAAUCACUCGCAGCACAACAGCCUGCAGACAGGUGGGAUGUGUAACCUGCCCACCAUCCCCUCAGCGUCUGACUUCAACACGGUGCUGUCCAGUGAUCAGAACACCCUGGAUGGGACCCACUCUCAGCACAGCACGAGUCAGGAUGACAUUGUUGACAUCGAGGAGGGAAACCAGUGUCCAGCGGCCGUUCAGCUGGCUGAUGCUCAGGUUGUUUUUAAGCCCYUACUGAGCUACACAGGAAUCCAGGCCCAGGACACCACUCCACUUAGCUACAAGAUGUAUUUCGGAGAGCAUUUGUCUUUUUCUGGCAAUCUGGAGUGUCUCAGAGCAGACAUCGUUGACUCCGAUACAUCCAAAGAGCGCAAAAACAAGCGGUCCAGAAGACAAGGCAUGGUGAACCUUCCUCCACUGGAGUUCAAGCCGGCCCUGCUGAUCGAGACGUUCAGCGUGAACGCGGUGGUGAUGGAGAAGUCGACCAGCGCCCCGCAGGGUCCCACCGCAGUUCCACUCACCUUCCACGACCUCAACCGUCGUCACUACAACACCUUCCACUGCGACUUCACCACCGCCUGCCAGGCCAUCAGCCAGCGUGUGGACAUGGCCCUGGUGCGCCUCAUCCACCAGUUCAGCACCAUGAUCGACGACAUCAAGGCCACGCAGACCGACAUCAAACUGAGCCGCUACACGGCCGGCUCCACCUCCCCGACACCCACCUUCAAGGCCCGGCCGUACCGCCACAUCAGGUCCUCGGACUUCAGCCGCAGCUCCAGAGGAAGCUUGAAUGGGGCGAAUCGCAGCGGGACCCAAACACUGAAGAGCAAAAGGGGCGUGUCAGGAGGCGGGGUUUCAGGAGGAGGUGGUUUGCCUCCUAAUGGCCCCCCGUUAAGCAUGGACACGCUGGGAAGACGGGAGCCAAGAGGUCGAAGUUCGCUCGGACGUUCAGAACGACGCACCUCUAAGGUGUCGAGGAAGGGCUCCCGUGACGUGGCCGACCACAUGGCGAUCCAGAUGGACGACUCUGACUCCAUCACAGUGUCGGAGCAGAGUGAACCGUCAGCAGAAUGUUGGCAGAACAUGUACAAGCUGCUCAACUUCUACUCCCUCAUCUCCGAUCCCACUGGCAUCUUGGAGAAAGGCUCCCCGGAGAACUGCCUCUCAGAAGGUGGUCACCGUCCCUCCGAGCCGCUCUGUAAAGUGAUCUUUGAGAACGAGCAGAGUGAACCCGCCACGCCCAACAAGCCGCUGGGAGCGGGCGGGAGGCGCCGCAGCCUGGUGAGCGCCGAGCCGCAGCACGUCACGCUCAUCGUGUUCGGCAUCGGCAUGGUGAACCGCACACACCUGGAGGCCGACAUCGGCGGGCUGACCAUGGAGGCGGAGCUGAAGAAGAUCCACGGGAGCUUCACUCUGAAGGAGAAGAUGAAAGAUAUCCUUCAUCAGAAAAUGACAGAGACGUGUGCAUCAGCUCACAUCGGAGGGGUAAACAUUGUUCUGCUGGAGGGCAUAACUCCUGACAUUCAACUGGAGGAUUUUCCAACAUCUCCAACCAGCACUGCUAAACAAGAGUUUCUGACGGUUGUGAAAUGCACCAUCGCCAAGUCUCAGGCCCUCUACAGCGCCCAGAGGGGCCUGAAGACCAACAACGCUGCCGUCUUUAAAGUGGGCUCCAUCAUGAUCAACAUCCCCCAGCACCCGGCCACUCUGCACAGCAUGAUGGUGCGCAGCUCCCAUCAGCUCUCCAAACAAAUCUCCGACCUCAUCCGCCAGCCCUCAAACGUGAGCACAAACAAGUUUCACUUUCGAGUUGCCAAACCACAAGCUGUGUUUUCAGUCCAAAGUGUCCCAGGUGGACAUGUCCACCAUGUCUCCAUCAGCCAGCCUGACUCUGCCUCCUGUUACCAUGUCCGGAGAAUACAUCAUGGAGGAUCAUGAGAGCCACUCAGACCAGAGCUGGGCACCAGAUGACUUCCCAGCCAAGCAGGGAAACUACCUGCAGGGCAACUACCUGCGCUGUGUGGCUGAGAUCGGAUCAUUUGAGCACAACUUGACCACCGACCUGCUCAACCACCUGGUUUUUCUGCAGAAAGUUUUCAUGAAAGAAGUCAAUGAAGUCAUUCAGAAGGUUUCAGGAGUGGAGCAACCCAUCCCUCUGUGGAAUGAGCACGACACCUCCACAGAUGCAGAAAAGCCCAAAAUUCUGCUGUACUCUCUCAGCCUCAUGUUCAAGGGGAUCCAGAUGACAGCCACCACUCCGUCCAUGCGGGCCGUGCGCUUCGAAACGGGCCUGAUUGAGCUGGAGCUGUCCAACAGGAUCCAGUGCAAGACCCAGCCCGGAGGCAGCAGCAGUUACCUCAAACUCUUCGGCAAAUGUCAAGUGGAUCUGAACCUGGCGCUCGGACAGAUCGUCAAGCAUCAGGUGUACGAAGAAGCUGGCUCCGACUUCCACCAGGUGGCGUACUUCCGAACUCGAAUCGGACUGCGGAACGCUCUGCAGGAGGAGAUCAGUGGCUCUUCUGACAAGGAGGCUGUGCUCAUAACCCUGAACAGGCCCAUUGUUUUUGCACAGCCAGUUGCUUUUGACAGAGCUGUGCUCUUCUGGCUGAAUUACAAGGCAGCAUAUGACAACUGGAACGAGCAGCGAUUGGCCCUCAACAAAGACAUCCACGUGGCCACGAAAGAGGUGGUGGACAAGCUGCCGGGAAUCCAGCAGACUUCAGCCCAGGCGUUCAGCACCCUCUUCCUGCAGCUGACUGUCAAUGACUUGGGUAUAUGCCUCCCAAUUACCAACACAUCCCAGAAAGGACAAGUACCGGCUGCACAGGAGGGCAGCUCUGAAGCUGAGACCACCACACCAGUGGGCCAGCAAAAAAAAACCCUGAAAGCCAAUCACAGCAUAGAUUUUGACACCGGUUCGGCUCUGGUUCUGACCAUCGAGAGCACGCUGAUCACCGCCUGCUCCUCCGAGUCCCUGGUGAGCAAAGGGCACUUCAAGAACUUCUGCAUUCGUUUCGCAGAGGGCUUCGAGACCACCUGGGACGACUGGAAACCUGAAAUCCGGGGAGAUCUCGUCAUGAACGCUUGCAUAGUCCCUGAUGGUACGUAUGAAGUGUGUUCUAGGACCACAGGACAACCGUCUGCAGAGAGCAGCAGCGCCGGUACCUGGACUCUCAACGUGCUUUGGAAAAUGUGCGGGAUCGACGUUCACAUGGACCCAAACAUCGGGAAACGCCUCAAUGCCCUGGGAAACACGCUGACGUCGCUCACGGGCGAGGAGGACGUAGACGACAUCGCUGACCUGAAUUCUGGGAACAUGGGAGACCUGUCGGACGAGGACGAAACCGAUUCGAUGUCACCAACUAUCCACAUGAGUCCAGAGAGCCAGGCCAGCCCUCGGCUCACCUUAAGGAAGCGUCUGGUAAACCACAUCCUGGGCCUCAGCCCCAGGCCUCAGAGUGAAUGUGACCCAUCGGUCUACAUAAACUGUGCACCGCCUGGCCUCCAAACGGACAGAGCCAAGGCCCAAAGACCCCUCUCCUGGGCUUGUGAGACCAUUGACCCAAGGAGGCAGAUGGUGAUGGGGAACCAGGUGACCGACGCUCGUGGGAGGAAGUUCUCGAAGAGGGUGGUGGACAUUCGAGAGCUGAACGAACAGGCCAAAGUCAUCGAUGACCUCAAAAAACUGGGAGCCAGUGAAGGUACCAUCAACCAGGAGAUYCAGCGGUACCAGCAGCUGGAGUCGGUGGCCGUCAACGACAUCCGGAGGGACGUCAGAAAGAAGCUGCGCCGCUCCAGCAUGAGGGCGGCCUCUUUAAAGGACAAAUGGGGUCUCGGCUACAAGCCGAGCUACAACCGCUCAAAAAGCAUCUCAGCAGCAGCGGGCCGACCGACUCUGAAAAGAGUAGAACGACAAAGUUCCAGGAUCGGAGAUGUGGAUGACUUCACAGAAAUCCGUGUGGACGUCUCCUCUCCGGGACCCCGCGUCACCUUCAACAUCCAGGACACGGCUGUGGACCCUCUGCAUUCACCUGUCAGUCCAGGAUGUGUAUUUAAGUUUCCUGAGGAGUCAGAGGUGGACCUGUUGCCCGUCACCCCCGAUGAACCAUCCCAUCUUCAUCCUCACCUUCAUUUUCCAUCUGAUGUUGAAAGCCAGCGGUCAGUUUUCAGUACCCCCUCCACCCCUGCUGUCUUCUCACCCGCCAUUCCCUUGCAGCGAGACGACCCGUCUUCUUCCUCCUCCGAAGACUCAGAGAAGGAGGACGAGUUUGUGAAACCGUCGAACUACCCCAGGCCUUUCCAAGCGCCUCACAGGAAGCCCCUGGGCCUCUCUACUGUGAGUCAGCUGUUCACGGAGCGCUGGCCCAGCUCACCAGUUAACCGCAGCUUCAGCGGCCCAACUCCUGAAAAAAACAUCGACUUUGAGCUUGACGUUCGCGUGGAGAUUGAUAGUGGGAAGUGCGUCCUUCACCCRACGACUCAGCAGCCUGAGCAGGAAGACAUUUCCUGCAGGAGGAGCUAUGAUCGCAGCCUUAAGAGUCUGGACCAGGAUUCUCCCCCUAAAAAGAAAAAGCUCCAGCCCACCUCCACCUCCACCAGUCACCUUCUGGCUGGAAAGAAAUGUCCCUCCACUCUGCAAACCAAAUCCAGUGACCUGGAGACCACAGUCUUCUACAUUCCAGGAGUUGACGUGAAGCUGCACUACAACUCUAAAACCUUGAAGACAGAGUCGCCCAAUGCGUCGCGUGGAUCUUCCCUCCCCCGCACCCUCUCCAAAGAGUCCAAGCUGUUUGGUAUGAAAGAUAGCAGCCCUACAACCCCACCCAUUGCUGUCCAAAGCAAGACUAACUCGCUCCUACCUCCCCCGCCCCCACCUAUUCCAUCAGCCAAAGGUAAAGGUAGUGGAGGGGUAAAGACAGCCAAGCUGUACGCCUGGGUGGCCCUCCAGACUCUGCCAGAGGAAAUGGUCAUCAGCCCCUGUUUACUGGACUUCCUAGAAAAAGCUCUGGAAACUAUUCCCAUCACCCCCGUGGAGAGGAGCUACAUGGCAUCUGUGGCCACCCAAGAGGAGGACAUGGGCCAGUUCGAUCCAGUGGAACCGCUGGAGGAAUCAGCCACCUCCUUGGUUUCCUCCUCCACGUCGGCUUACUCAUCGUUCCCUGUGGACGUGGUCGUUUACGUCAGAGUUCAGCCCUCUCAGAUCCGCUUCAGCUGCCUGCCCAUGUCCAGGGUGGAGUGCAUGCUCAAGCUUCCCUCCUUAGACCUGGUGUUCUCCUCCAACCGGGGAGAGCUGGAAACCCCGACAGGAUCCAACCUUCCCGAUGGAUCACACCCACCCUCCUCCACCCCACCUGGGCAGCACGUCCCCAAAUUACCUCCCAGCAAAGCGUCUCCAGUUCUKGGGAGCCCCUUAGGAAGGACCCGGCACAGCAGCAGCCAGUCAGACCUCACCGCCACCCCCGUCACUUCCUCAGGCCUGAGCUUCACCGCCUGCAUGUCAGACUUCUCCCUCUACGUCUUCCAUCCCUACGGCGCCGGCAAGCAGAAAUCAGCUGUUACAGGCUUGCCUCCRGGCCCGGGGCCGUUAGGUACAGUGGACGAGGAGCCAUCUUCAGUGACGGGUAGAAAGGACUCCUUGAGCAUCAACCUAGAGUUUGUKAAAGUCAGUUUGUCCAGGAUGAGGCGCACAGGAGGUCCAACCUUCAUCGACAGCAUUUCUGCUAAAGGAGGCAAAAUGGACACGACCCUCAUCAACAUCUCAGCUGUGUGCGACAUCGGCUCAGCUUCCUUCAAAUACGACAUGAGACGCCUGAGCGAGAUCUUGGCUUUCCCCAGAGCUUGGUACCGUCGCAGCAUCGCCCGACGCCUCUUCCUUGGAGACCAGACCAUCAACCUUCCGGCAGCUUCUGGGCCUGCCACCCCUGAUUCUGCUGAAAACAUCACCCAGCACCUCUCCCCCGAGUCCAGCAGGAAGGCCUACUGGAGGACCUGGGACGGCAGCAUGGGGUCUCACAUUCCUCCGUCCCCCAAUGUGUUCUCGGAGCACUCCACCGGGAGCAACAUGUCCCCGAGCAGCCUGGGUCACCUGAAGUCUCCCGCUCCGGGACGCACCCGGAGCGUGUCUGAUUCCUCCGCUCCCAGGAGAGAUUCUGUGACCAAAACAUCCACUCCUUCCUUCAGUAAGAACGGGAAGUCAGCUGGGCAGCAGGGGUCUCCUUGGGAGACGCUGGUGGUGUUCGCCAUCAACUUAAAACAACUCACGGUCCAAAUGAACAUGAGCAACGUGAUGGGAAACAACACCUGGACAACCAGCGGCCUGAAGAGUCAGGGCCGGCUGUCUGUCGGCAGCAACCGGGACCGGGAGAUCAGCAUGUCUGUGGGCCUCGGACGCUCCAAGCUCGACUCCAAAGGCGGAGUGGUGGGCGGAAACAUCGACGUGAACACCCUGGAGAUGGUCUCCCACAUCUCUGAACACCCAAACCAGCAGCCCAGCCACAAGAUCCAGAUCACCAUGGGUUCUACGGAGGCCCGGGUGGACUACAUGGGCUCCAGCAUCUUGAUGGGCGUUUUCAGCAAUGCCGACCUGCAGCUGCAGGACGAAUGGAAGGUCAACUUGUGCACCGUUGACAGCAGCCUGUCUGAAAAAAGCGAGAUCUUCGUCCACGGGGACCUGCACUGGGACAUUUUCCAGGUGAUCAUUUCACGCUCCACCACGCCGGACCUCAUCAAGAUCGGCAUGAAGCUGCAGGAGUUUUUCACUCAGCAGUUCGACACCAGCAAGCGGGCCCUCUCCACGUGGGGCCCCGGCCCCUACCUGCCCCCAAAAACCCCCGUCAUCAACGCCGAGAAAGGAGCGGCGGAGCUGUACAUGGAUGCAGCUCAUCACCGGCACUGGCCCGGGGUGCUGAAGGUCGUCGCCGGCUGCCACAUUUCCCUCUUCCAGAUGCCCCUGCCCGAGGACGCCGUGCAGCUGGGCGGCUCCAUGAGCCUCCACGGCAACCACAUGACGCUGGCCUGCUUCCACGGGCCCAACUUCCGCUCCAAGUCCUGGGCUCUGUUCCACCUGGAGGAGCCCAACAUCGCCUUCUGGACGGAGGCGCAGAAGAUCUGGGAGGACGGCUCCAAAGACGACUCGACGUACAUAGUGCAGACGCUGGACUUCCACCUGGGUCACAACACCAUGGUGACGAAACCGUGCGGCGCUCUGGAAAGUCCGAUGGCCACCAUCACCAAAAUCACUCGCCAGCGCCACGAAAACCCACCACAUGGGGUUGCUACUGUGAAAGAAUGGUUUAGCUACGUCACUGCCAUGAGGAAUGAAGAGCUGAACCUGCUCAGGAACGUGGAAGCCAACAACCAGGAGAGCGGAGCGGCCGCCAAAAGCUCCAGUCUGUUGAGCAGCUUCCGCGGCUCCCACACCUACAAGCACGAAACAGAAACCAUCUUUGCUCUUCCCCGAAUGCAGCUGGACUUCAAAUCCAUUCACAAUCAGGAACCAGAYGAGCCGUCUCUCACAGACUCCAGCAGCAAACCUAAAGUGGAGUGCAGCAUGGUGACCGAGUUCACCGACCACAUCUGCGUCACCAUGGACGCCGAGCUGAUCAUGUUCCUCCACGACCUGGUGUCGGCCUACCUGAAGGAGAAGGAGAAAGCGCUUUUCGCCCCCCGGAUGUACGCGACUCGGCCGGGUCAGAAAAGCCCGACUGCUCUGCACGACGACGACGACUCCGACAAGGACAAGGACGACGGCGUCAACUACACCACGGUGGACUGGAGGGAGUUCAUGUGCAACACCUGGCACCUGGAGCCCACACUCAGGCUCAUCUCCUGGACGGGGCGUAAGAUCGAUCCCGUCGGCGUGGACUACAUCCUGCAGAAGCUGGGCUUCCACCACGCCAGGACCACCAUUCCCAAGUGGCUGCAGCGGGGGGUGAUGGACCCACUGGACAAAGUGCUGUCGGUCCUCAUCAAGAAGCUGGGGACCGCCCUGCAGGACGAGAAGGACAAAAAGAACCGGGACAAAGAGGAGCACUGAGAACUUCAACCCUGGGAUCAAAAAGCUGAGCGUCGAAACACUGGAUCUGUGUAUUUACUGUAACCACUGCUGUGCAAUGCAUCGUACAAAACAACUUUACACACUAAACCCUGUGGUUGUCUGCGUAGUUGUUCACUGGGAGGUUUUUAUCUCGUGUACAUUUUGAACAAAGUAGCUCAAAGUAGCAUUAUUUAUCUGCUUUAAACCCCGGCCUGCUGCACCCGUUUUAACUGAAACCUCUAAUUUAAAGCUCACCGGUAGUUCACGACAGAUGACAUUUUUUUAAAUCGUUGCCUUUUUUAUUAUUUCCCGUGGAACUCAUGGUGGGGAUGCUUUGCGUAAUUUAGAGCGUAGCUUUAAAAUAUUUCAGAACAGCUCCGUGACGACGUUCCUAACAUUUAGCUCCGCUCAGUCCUCUGGAUGAUUGUAAUUAAUUUUUGAAUCCUUAUUUAUUGGGAUGUGGGAAUGCAAUUUACUGUGAUGUUUUAUUUUUUUGUCUUUUUUUAAUCCAUGUAAUAGAACAAGUGUACAUAGAUAAAUUUCUUAAAUGUGUUGAUUUCCUAACAAAAUAAAACUGUUGCCAUUCAGUUUUAUAUGA